UUGGCGGCACCCAUCAAAGUCAAGCAAGCCCAAGUUGCAUCCAGUCCCACAGGUUCUUUCUUUAUUUUACGUCGUAGAAAUAUUUAAGUGCAUUUUUCUAAGGAAGUUUAAAUGAUUUAAGCUAUUGAAUAAUCGUCAUUAUUAAAUUAAAAUGGCAUCGAAAAGCGAAUUUGAUUCGAUAGAUGAGGAAAUAAGAGAACUAUUACAAAAUUAUAAAUUUAAAAAAGCGACCGUUUACGAACCAUGUACGAAUACAAACAUCAAGGAAUGCUUAAUUGGACUGACAGAGGAGUUCGAACUUUUGAAUAUUAAUUAUUUAUUUAACCCUUACUUCGACUUCACUACGACACUGCAUCCAGAGGCACUUGUGAAGCUUGUUAAUGCUGUUUGGACACUGUUGCAUUACCAUAAAACCACAGCGGAGAAGGCUGAAAGAUUAGUCGAAGAAAACCAUGUACUUGAACACCUGAAUAAGCAGUUAAAUAGCACUGUUGACAAACUAAAACAAAGAGUAAAUACUGAAAAACAUGAGGCCAAAACAUGCACAGCAGCUGCCCGCAAAAUCUCCAAUCAUACAGAUGAAAUUAUUCACAGUUUGGCUGAAACAAAAGCAAAAUUAGCACAAGUGAAUAAGCAAAAGGAUACUAUGGAAAAAUGUUUGCGUCAUGAAAUCACCCGACUAAAAAUUGAAAAUGAAAAAUUAUUAGACAGACUAAGGAAUAAAAGUGGCUUCACAUCUUGCAGUGAUGUGUGUGAUUCUACAGUACUGCAGUUGAAAGAACGAGACAGGAGACAGCAAGCAGUGAUUAGCAAACUGCAGAGCAACAUUCAGGACCUGCUCAAAGAGGUUGUGGCAAUGAAGGAAAAAGUUAUUAUUCACGGACUUGAUUAAGAUUGUUACUCCAUUACCUAAUCAAGUAUUUUACUAAUUAUUCAACCUUACCUGGUCAGUAUUUUAUUUGUAAGCUUUUAAGUUAUAGGUAUUUUAAGACACUAAUUAUCAUUUAUAAUUUACAUGGCUACUGCAUAAUAUCAUUAUACAAACAAAAGAUUUAAAAUAAAAUAGCUACCUCAACAUGAUCCUUCAUCUGGUAAGUACAUAAUUGUUUUGUUGAGUAUUUGUUAUAUUUAAACUGCUAAGUGUAAUACUUUGUUGUGAUAUUGGAAAUCUUAUGAAGGUUUAUGUGAUAGGUUUCACUCAGUUUUAAUAGUUUCUUUAGACUUCUUAAAAUAAGGUACUACAGUCAUACUAAUUUUAUUGAUUGAUGCAUGAAAAAUGUUACUGCUAAAAUCUUAAUCAUAAUUAAUAAAAAUAAAACUUAUAAAA